UGCUUUUCUACCUGGCUGCAGGUUUUAGGUUACCUGGAGCAAUUUAUUUUCCUUAGGCAAGUGGCCGUAUCAGAAGACUCACUGUCUAUUGGAUGAAAUUCCCUUGAGUGGGUGUCUGAAAAUGAAUCUACCUUGUGUUGCUCUUGGCUUGUUGUUACUUAUAUGUCUGAGAUAUGCAAGGGCUAACGUGUCAUCAAGCACAUCCCUUUACUCCUCUUCUUCAUCUCUCCCCACCACAUUGUCAUCCACGCCGCCAAUGUCCUCUGAAUCCACGCAAGAUCCCAAAUCUCUCCUGCACCCCAGUCCGGUUACCAACUCUCCACCCAAUUCAUCCCUGCCUCAGCAGAACCAGACUCAGCCCUCGAUCACCACCGCCCAGACUGAGAAUACUGAGUUGAUCCAGGAAGAAGAUAGUCCAUUUGGGAUUUCUGACCUAAACGUGGAUGAUCCUAUAAGAAAUUAUGAGUGGGAGGCUGCAGCUAGGCGUGCAGAUAUGGUGCUGAACAUGACAGAGAUGUUUCAAGAAGAGGAGAGGGCUCGUUUCAAUCUUUCUGGCAUAAACAUGGAAGACCCUGAAAAAAAUCAGCUUGCACCUCGGGGCAUGGCAGUUGCGCUGCUGAAACCAAAAGGUCAAGCUGGGGAAACUCAAGGAAUAUCCAAGAACGCCAUAGCUCUAUUCCUCUGGGUGUGUGGUAUAUUGCUGUGUGUUUUCGUGGGAAUCUAUUGUGCCCACAGUCGAGGAUCCAAGAAAGAACCAUUCACACACCAUCGCUUGAAUGAGGAUGCAUUUGAUGACCCUGCUCUCUCCCUAGACAGGCCCCAGCAUUACGACUGGUUCUUCAAUGAAACAGAUGGUUAUGUCUACCCAAUCCCAACACAAAUCCAACUUAAACCAAUGCAGGUCCUCUCAGUCCCAGAUCUCAAACAACCCUCUCCUGGGCUUGAAACAUCACCAGAGAAACCUGCUAAACUUGAGACAGGACCAGACACCAAGGAGGUGCCACGAAGCCCUGUGAAACUGGAGUGCCUGUCUCCAGUCAACCUUGGAAAUCUUAUCUGA